GGUUGUAUACAAAAAAUGCUGUGUAAAUUCCUGCAUUAUUAAGGCUCUAAUCCUAUCACUAUCUACUGUAUCAUUUCCUAAAUAAUGUUAAAAGUUAUAUAAAAAUGUGACAGUUAAUUCUUUACUACACGACACGCCCCCUUUACUACAUGACGCGCCCAAUUUACUACAUGACACGCCCCCUUUACUACACGACACGCCCCCUUUACUACAUGACACGCCCAAUUUACUACACGGCACACCCACUUUACUACAUGACAUGCCCUGUUUACUACACGACACGCCCCCUUUACUACAUGACACGCCCAAUUUACUACAUGGCACGACCCCUUUACUACACGACACGCCCCCUUUACUACAUGACACGCCCAAUUUACUACAUGGCACGCCCCCUUUACUACACGACACGCCCCCUUUACUACAUGACACGCCCAAUUUACUACACAGCACACCCACUUUACUACAUGACACGCCCUGUUUACUACACGACACGCCCCCUUUACUACAUGACACGCCCUGUUUACUACACGACGCGCCCCCUGAACUACACGACACACACACUUUACUAGACGACACACUACCCUUUACUACACGACACGCUACCCUUCACUACACGACACGCCCCCUGAACUACACGACACACCCACUUUACGACACAACACUCCCACUUAACUACAGGGCAUGCCCACUGUACUACACGACACGCCCCCUUUACUACAGGACACGGCCCCUUUACUACACAACACGGCCACUUUACUACACGACGCACCGACUUUACUACACAACACGGCCACUUUACUACACGACACACCGACUUUACUACACAACACGGCCACUUUACUACACGACACACCUACUUUACUACACAACACGGCCACUUUACUACACAACACGGCCACUUCACUACACAACACGGCCACUUUACUACACGACACACCGACUUUACUACACAACACAGCCACUUUACUACACGACACGCCCACUUUACUACACAACACGGCCACUUUACUACACGGCACGGCCACUUCACUACAAAACACGCCAACAUUCCUACACGACAUGCCCACUUCACUACACAACACGCCCACUUUACUACACAACACGCCCUCUGAACUACACAACACACCCACUUUACUACACAACGCGGCCACUUAACUACACGACACACCCAUUAUACUACACAACACUGCCACUUUCCUACAGGACAUGCCUACUUUACUACACGUCAAGCCCACUUUACUACACUACACACCCACUUUACUACACGACACACCCACUUUAUUACGCCCACUUUACUAUACAACACACCCACUUUACUACAUGACACGCCCACUUUACUACACAACACGCCCACUUUACUACACGACACGCCCACUUUACUACACAACACACCCACUUUACUACACGACACGCCCACUUUACUACACAACACACCCACUUUUCUACACAACACGCCCACUUUACUACAAAUGAGAAGAGCCAAAGAAUGAGCUGAAUGUUGCCUGAGAGGAAAAACACAGGAUAAGAAAAGUCCACAGAUGACUCACUACUGCUCAUAAAGUUUAUUCGCUGAAACUGGUUUAGACUUUUGCUUGACAAUGGUGGUAGUUUGUCUCUUUAAAACCUGCUUUUCAGUGUGCUGCACUAACUACUGUGCACUAUCUGU